GAGCGAGAGAGAUUAGCAGAAGCAGAAGCAGCGAUGGGAAAUACCUUCUGUGGGUUGUGUACAUGUAUAGACCAAGCCAGCAUAGGGGUGGUGGAAAGAUGGGGUCGAUUCGAGAAAUUAGCGGAACCUGGUUUCCAUUUCUUCAAUCCUUUGGCCGGUCAAUGGCUUGCCGGUGUUCUCUCAACCAGGAUCAACUCUCUUGAUGUCCGUAUCGAGACCAAAACCAAGGACAAUGUCUUUGUGCAACUCCUUUGCUCGAUUCAAUACCGAAUAGUCAAAGGGAAUGCUGAUGAUGCAUUCUAUGAAUUGCAAAACCCUCAAGAACAGAUUCAAGCUUAUGUUUUUGAUGUGGUGCGAGCUCAUGUACCAAAAAUGACGUUGGAUGAGCUCUUUGAACAAAAGGGUGAUGUUGCCCAAGCUGUAUUGGAAGAACUGGAAAAGGUGAUGGGAGCAUAUGGAUAUAACAUAGAACAGAUACUAAUGGUUGACAUAAUACCUGAUGCCUCAGUCCGCAAAGCCAUGAACGAGAUAAAUGCAGCACAAAGGCUUCAGCUUGCUAGCGUCUACAAAGGAGAGGCAGAGAAGGUGCUCCUAGUGAAGAGAGCCGAAGCAGAGGCAGAGGCCAAGUACCUUGGUGGGGUAGGUGUGGCCAGGCAGCGGCAAGCAAUCACAGAAGGUCUAAGAGAGAACAUCUUGAACUUUUCCCACAAGGUGGAGGGCGCCUCCGCAAAGGAGGUUAUGGAUCUUAUCAUGAUCACCCAGUACUUUGACACAAUCAAGGACCUUGGGAACUCGUCAAAGAACACCACAGUGUUCAUACCACAUGGCCCUGGUCAUAUCAGGGAUAUUGGUGAUCAGAUACGCAAUGGGAUGAUGGAGGCUGCCAGUGCUAAGGUUGACGAGUAAUCUGCUUCUCUGUUAGGUCUGACUUGAAAGUUUCUCAUAUUUCUUGUUACCAUACCCAUUAUGAGUAUACAAGUACAAGUUUGUUCCAAAUAUCAGUAACCAAAGAACAUAGAGAAAAAUUUGGACAGUAUCGAAACUUUCCCUCGGGGUUGUGUUGCAUCGGUAUCUGUUUUCAGAUUUUCCUUUUUCCCUUUUUAUAUAUAGUACGUGUAAAUGUGUUAACAAUUUCUGUACAACUCUAGCGCCUAAGACUAGUAAAUGUUCCUUCGUUUUUGAAUGGAGGAUUUGUUGCAGCCCUAUUCU